AUGGAAGAUAAUUUCAGAGCGAAGAUGGACAAGAUAUUUGGAGCUCUCUCAUCCUCAUCAACCGCGUCUACUUCAUUACCUCCGACCUCUCUCUGGUAUCUAGCGGACGACAAGGUCUGUAAUAGAAACGAACAGAGCAGAGAGAACAAGGCUUGGGGACCAAGCCCUUAUCAGUUUGACUUGAGCAGAAGCUUCCCGGACGAUUUGAGCGUCGACGGAGACGAAGAAACACCGUCUAGUGUAUCUCAUAAGCUUAAAGAUAUCAACGGCGAGGACUGGCGGGAGAUCAAAACCUCAAUCGGGAUGGACUCUACUCUCGAUUCAGAGGAAGAAGAAGAUGAAAACGACUUAGUGGCGUCAGGCCAAGAACUUUACAGUCGCACCGAUGAUGUGAAUGACGACAAAGGAUAUGGUUCCUCCAGCGAGACAGAGGAUCUAUCUGGGAUUGCAGAUUGUAUGAGGAGUCCAACAAAAUACACAAGAUAUACAUUUGAUGAAUGUGAGGAAGUAGAUGAAGAAUCUAGCCGAAGAGAGUACAUGGAGUAUCUCUACAUGUUAAGAAUCACUGAACCAAUGCCAUGGAAGACAAUAGAAGAGAUCAACGCCAUGGAAGAAGAUGAAACUGAAACAGCCAUUAAUGUCACUACAAGGCACCACCGUCAGUAUCGAGCGAGAUACAAGAUCAAGAGGGAUGAAUGA